GUGACUCAAGCGCACCCUGGUGGAAAAUUUUCAAGUUUGGCGAAAAAAUGGCGUACGUCGGAUUGCAAAAGUGAAAAAAAUUGCAGAAUAUUUACGUUUGGCAUCGUCAAAAUUGUACAAUUUGAGACAAAAACUAUUCUAUUUAGCACGGAAAAAGACAAAACCAUGGAUUACACUAAUACUGAAGACCCUUCUGACCAUUCUUCACCCAGCAAAAAGAUGGGCAAAUUUCACAAUGUACUGCCACUAUGGGGCAAUGAAGCAAGUAUGAACCUCAAUCCACUAAUUCUUGCUAAUAUUCAGAGCUCUAGUUAUUUUAAAGUGACCUUGUUUAAAUUGAAGACUUAUCAUGAGGUAGUUGAUGAGAUAUUUUAUCAAGUUAAACACCUGGAACCAUGGGAGAAGGGCUCCCGGAAAACUGCCGGACAAACUGGAAUGUGUGGCGGGGUUAGAGGAGUUGGUGCUGGUGGAAUUGUAUCAUCAGCUUUUUGCCUCCUGUACAAAUUGUACACGCUAAAGUUGACAAGAAAACAGGUGAAUGGGUUGCUAGCCCACACAGAUUCUCCCUACAUAAGGGCACUAGGUUUCAUGUACAUCCGGUAUACACAGCCUCCAGGUGACCUGUUUGAUUGGUAUGAGCAGUAUUUGCAGGAUGAGGAAGAGAUUGAUGUAAAAGCAGGAGGUGGUCAGGUGAUUACCAUUGGACAGAUGCUAGUGCAGUGGCUGACAAAGCUCGAUUGGUUCUCCACUCUCUUCCCGCGGAUUCCUGUGCCGAUUCAGAAGCAAAUUGAGACGAAACUCAAUGAAUAUGCACAGGAUUACGGAAUCACUCUCCAACCGGUAAGAUUUACGGGUAACAACAGCAAUGCCGGCGGAGAGAGGUACGAGAGGGGCGGCGGAGGAGAUCGCAGCCGAGAUGACUACCAAGGCAGAAGGAGAGAUGAGCCACAGAGUCGCGAGAGGGAUUCCUACAGAAGAAAAUACGAUGACAGGGAUCGUGAUAGGGAAUCCCAUAGAAAUGAAACGAGAACACGAUCGAGGUCCAGAGAUAGGGAUAAGUAUCGUGAUCGGGGGGAAGCCACGUCCAGCCGGGAUCGGUAUAGGGAGAGAGAACGCGAGAGAAGUCGAAGUUCAGAGAGAUAUCGUAGCCAAAAGAGACACCGGGGCAGUGAAAGGGAAAGGAGUGACAGGAGAUAUCGAUAGGGAGGCAUCUCUCCCAGCCAGACUUAACUUUUUUUUCUAUAGUUUUGAGGAAUAAGAGAAAAAGAUCUUAACGCAUUGAAUUUAUAUACAACUCACCCGUUUUUUGUCUCCGGAAGCAGUGUGCCAAUUUCUACCUCACUGCUGUUUGCACACUGAAUGGGAUUUCUAGCUCAGGAUUAAAAUGUGGAGUUUUUUGUCUGAAACAAAAAGAAAAUGUUAAGUUUCCGCUUGUGCGAGGAGUAAGAGAAAAUGUAUAUCGGGAGUUUUUUGAUAAUAAAAGCCAUUUCUCUGGACAAAAA